CUUCUGAAGAAUAAUGUAAAAACGAAAAAAAAACUUAAAAAUUUGCAACGAUAAAAAAGAGAGCAAACAAAAACAAAGUUAUACAUAGAAAAAAGCUCUCGAAGUAAUACUUCAAAAAAAACGAACAUUUUGCACAAAAUGAAAGAAACAAGUCUACUCACUCUUUUUAACUAUACACACAAAAUUUGCACCAAUUAACAAACAUAAACUAUACGUUUCUUAAUUAAGAUUUCAGUCAACUAUUCUCGAACGGCUGUACUGAUUGAUUUGAAAAUUUAUGUUUGUUAACAACACUGCAUUUAAAUUAAGUUUACAAAGGCACACAAAGACUUAGCAAGUGGAAAUGCUCCAGCUAGUUUUCAACAAUGGCUAUUAAUCAAGAUAUUAUACCUUUAAGCUACAAAUGCCAUAGUCUACCAAAUUUAUAUAAAGGUUCCACAGAAACAAACAUAAAUCUUGAAAUCUACGAAUAUGGACCAGAUGCUUUAGAAGUUAAAUUAUUAAAUACAAACUAUAAAAUGCAAUGGAAAGCAUUAAAGAAACAAUUUUUGUAUUUAAUUCUAUGUUUCUCAGCAUAUCUCACAAAUUUUUUAUUAAAACCAAAUCAUUUAAGCUAUAUUGAUACAAUAUUUAUAAUUUGGCUUGUGCCACUGUUGUGGCGUCUAAACCGUCUGGUGGAGUAUGAAAAAUUUAUUUUUUGUUACGAUUUUGGUUUACAUUUGCAAAUACAAAAAUUUAUGGGUCAGAAAAAUAGAUUUGUGGCUGCCUGUAAUAUACACGACAUAGUUAUCAAUGAAGUUUUAGAAGAUUUGGAUUUUCGUUAUUUACUUAUUUUAAGAACCAAAGGCAAAUUAUUUCUUAACAAACCCAUAAUUCCCAUAUUUACGGUAUUUAAACCUUCAUAUGACUGCUUAUGUUUAGUAUAUAAACAUCUUAAUAAAGUAAUGCUGAUUAAUAAUUAAAUUA